UGCAACCUCUAAUCGGGUGCCUAUCGUUAAAUCCAGUCUGAUUUGUGCGUUAAUGACCCGAUCUACUUAUCUUCGAGGCCAAUUUCGUGUGCCAUAACUGGAUUUGUUUGGGAUGGGUGAGGAAAUGAGAUAACGAUUAGGGAGGAGAAGAGGAUAGGGAACGGAAGGAACGGGUGGAGGCUUUAGCUUAGCUGCGCGAAGGACUGGGAGAGAAGGAAGUAUUUUUAGUUGCCUGUAGAACCCGCUCACACCAUAGGAAAUGAACUGCGUAGAAGUGAACCGAACUCUGCCCUUCGAUUCGACGAUACACUACAGAUGCUCUUGAAAGCCCGUACCCUCCGCUAGUGAAAAGCAGUAGAUCUGAGUAUCGGACUGCUGUUCUGUUCCCACGGUGACAGAAACAAGGGUCGAGGCGAAUGCCGGGACCUUCCUCUCCCCGUCGCGACCAAGACGGCGAGCCGGGGGGCGGAAGUUCGACUGCAAGGGAGAAGGAGCGCCCGCGGUCCUUCGACGAGAAGACCCGGUCGGCAUGCUGGCGGAAGGCGGAGGUGCUAGCGGGGCGGCACCCCGAGCGGUGGCGGCAGGACGCCGCCGGCAAUGUGGUCUGUCGCCGCUUCUGGAGCUGCCACGGCUGCCUCUGCUACGAGUACGACCACAUCGUCCCCUUCUCCAAAGGAGGGGAGUCCACUGUUGAGAACUGCCAGAUCCUCCAGACUAGGGUUAACCGAUCCAAAUCUAAUAAAUCAUGGGUUGACCAAGCAGAGAUGCGGGGUUUCUCCUGCGAUAUUAAGUUUACUGAUAAGGAGCUUGAUAUAAUUGAAAUGGCUGUCUAUGGGGACAUCAUUCGUCCAGGGAAGCAAUGCCGUUGCAGGACAGUAGCCGAGAUGCUCGGUCAGGUGAAGUCAAAAGAUCACAUGGCUGCUUGCGAGUUACCAGAGAACAACGCCUCUUAACAUGUUUGAAGGCUUUUCACAUCAAUUAGUCCCAAAUUCUUCUGGUCCUGUCAGAGAGCACAAUCCUUUUUCACACAAUUUAUACCAAUCAACAAUCGAGUUUUCAUUCUUUCACCACCAGCAUGUCAUUUAUGAAAAGAUUGCGAUUGUGUCUGAGCUCUCACAGUCAUCUGAGUAAUUGAACAUUCUGUUGCAUUGUAUUGAUCACUGCUGUGUGCUGGAAUGUGACAAUGAAUUUGAUUCUCGAGUUAUAGCAUCAAAGUGGCAACACCACAAGAGAUGGGUGGAUUACCCGUUGAUUUUUGCAGCUGGGCUUGUUUAGUUUGAUUCAGUGGUUUAUACGUGGUAGAUAUGACUGAUCAAUCAGGUCAUUGGAGGAACGCGAAAGGGCUCUCGGCUAUCACCAUUGGAGCAGUUCGAAUCGAAGUUUUAAUAAACGUGGCAUGCAAUUGUAGUAUCAGGGGCAAAUAUUGAGUGAUUCAGUAGCAGGUUAUUGGCAAAAAGGAAAAGGUGGACAGUAGAGCCGUAGAGGCACUGAAUUGCUGAAACGAUGAAGUGGUGGCGGCAUGUGGAAAGAAAAAUUUGGAAGUUCUCUGCAAUUCUGAUUCCUAUGUGCUUCCAAGUUAGGUCUGCUUUGUCAUAGAUGGCUUAGUCUUUCUGGUUUUUCUAUAUUAGUGUUAUGUAUUUUUCCCCUUCUACAUGUGUCUUCACAACUGCAAUUGGCGCUGUCAGGAUGUCGCGCCGUUCAUACUCGCUCUGCAGUAACCGUGAAUUGAGGCCAAUAGUCCCAACCUAGCAAAACCUGAAAUGCGUUGAGGAGAUCAGUACAUACCUGUUGAAAAGAGGUCUCCCAAACAUGCAUCUCUAUUUAUAUCCAUUAGGGAGAGGUGCCUCUCUACCAUCUUUUUAUCUUGUAUAUAUAUAUGUAACAUACAAAAUGCAAUGAAUCAAUGAAUUCUAUUCUACAUUA